AUGAAGUUCAACGCAAUGAAGCAGUGGAGCCUCUUGGCAGCCCUGACUGGCUUCGCCCAUGCCCAGUUCCAGGAUUUCUUCAACGUCACCACUUUUCCCAACGAACAAAAGGAGAACGUCACCAGGUGGCUGAACGAAGCACGCGAUCUCGCAGGCCCAGACCUCUCCGCAUACUUCGGACACCGCUGUAUCCUAGGACAAGCCUACCCAGAGCUCUCCUCCGCAACGCAACUCCCAGGUUUCGUCGCCCCCCGCGAGGUCUUUGACAACCUCUACUUCAUCGGUCAGAGCGCAGUCUCCGCAUGGGCAUACGACACUGGCGAUGGGCUCGUCGUCUUCGACUCACUGAACGACGCCGCAGAGGCUGAGGGCAUCCUCAUUCCGGCCCUAGAAACACUCGGCUUCACCGGCAGCGACAUCAAGCACCUGAUCAUCACCCAUGAGCAUUUUGACCACUAUGGCGGGGCUCGCUGGCUGCAGGACAACUUCCACCCCGCGACGUACGCCUCGGCCACGGCUUGGGAGGCCAUGGUGCAGGUGCAAGAUGGGCCGGUCCAGGACAAGACCAUUGAGGAGGGAGACGUCCUUACUUUCGGGAACGUCACGUUCAACUUCUACGUCACUCCGGGGCACACGCCUGGCACGGUGUCCACUAUCUUCGAUGUAUACGAUCAAGGCGUCAAGCACACGGCCGGCUUCUACGGCGGCGUCGGGAUCCCGAGCAAUGCAUCUGCCAAGGAUCAGCAGAUCGUUUCGUUGAACCGGUUUGCUGAUCUCGCGCAGGAGGCCAAUGUCGACACGCUUAUCGCCAACCAUCAGAACCAGGACCGCUCAUUGUACCACUUUGAUCUUCUGAAUCACCGACCGGACGGCGCUGAUCAUCCGUUUGUUAUUGGAGGAGAUGCUUUUGAUCGUUACCUGAGGGUCAAUGGGCAAUGUGUGAGGGUUAAAGCUGCGAGGGACGGGCAAUUCUUGCAGGCUUAA